GACUUUGCCAGCCUUUCCUGGCCAGCCACCGCCCUGGCAAACAAAUUCCGUGCAUUCUGCAGCACUUUCACUGUCAGCCCGCCUUGAUCUCUGCUUUUUGGAGCCGCCGCGCACGUAGCGCCCGAGCAUGGCCGCCCCGAGCACCGACUUGCUAAAAUCCUUCGGCGCCGAGCUGCUGGCAGCGCUCCCGCGGACAGAUGAGCCGGCGGCACCGCAAGCCAUGCGCAGGGCGUCGGAGGAACUGGAGGUCGCGAGAACACUUUCAGCGUGUGGAGACCUCGCGGGCGCAGAAGAAACACUCCUCGCAGUUGCUGGUGCUGCGCGCGCACGCGCCGCCGAGACCCUGUCGACGCGCGAGCUGUACACGGUGAUCCGAGCCUCAGCGGGUUUGGCCGAAGUCAGCGUGGCGAGAGACGACUGGGCGGCCGCCGAGGACGCCGUCAAGUUGGCGUUGGCGGUGCGCGCCCGGCGUCCCUCAGUGACGCUCGCGGCAAUGGCGUGCUGUGGAACAGUGCCGUGACGGCGUCACCCCGCGCAGGCGUCCGAGGCGCUCGCGCCUGAGAUCGCGAACCGCGAAUUAGCUCUCGUUGCGAAGCCGCUCGCCGUCGCCGCCGUCGGUUCGGGUCACACCGAAGGUGCAAAGGCUCUAUUAGCCUGGGCCGCGGGCGUGCUGCGCGCGGGCCCGGCGCCGCGGUCGCGCGCGCCGGCGGUGGAGAAGGCGGCGCGCUCCGUCGCGCGGCUGCGGCGGGCCCUCGACGCGCGCGCGCCGCUCGCGGCCCUCUCGCCCAACGUCCGCCGAGCCUUGAGCGUCGGCGCCGCCAAGCCUCCUCCUCGUACGUGGCCGCUGCGGGAUAAGCCUACGGCGGUGGCGCGCGUCGCGUCGUUCCUGGCCGUCCGCGACGCGGCGCGAUUCUCCGUGUGCGCCAAGGCGACGGCGUCCGCGGUGGACGUGGCGACGCGGCGCGACCUCCGACGGGUCCACGGCGAGGCGACGCCCCCGCGGCGGCGCGCCGCGGGAGCGUCGGACGACUGCUGCGUCUGCUUCGACGCGCUCGGGGACAAGGCGACGAUACUCAGGUGCGGCCACGCGCUGCACACGAGCUGCCUCGCCGCGUGGCGCCGGCGGGGCGGCGACACGUGUCCGCUCUGCAAGGCGCCGGCCGCGCGGCGGUCGCGCGUCUCCGACGCGCUCCUGCGGUCGCCGUCCGACGAAGGCGCCGCCGCGGCCAUCAAGCGGGCCCUGCGCCGCGUCGCGACGGCGCGCCAGGCUGCGUGGCACCUGGCGCGGGACGCUGGAUCCGCGGCCUUUUGUGCUCGCGUGAACCCGUCGAGGUCCGUGGACGAGAUUGUGGAUGCGAUGGUCGUCUUCGGGCCGCCCGGCCUGCGGGCGAAGGCGGCCCGCGAUAUUGGACUGAGUGACGCGACGAGCGUCGAGAUCGGAAACGUUUUAGAUACGACCCAUGUCAAUGGACCGCUGAGGGUCAACGUCGUCGCGACGGCGCCGGCGCGGGGCCGUCAGGCCUGGACCGUCCACGUCGUUGCGGCGCCGCCGCCCGACGCGCGGCGCGCCCACCUCGCGGUCGGGCUCGGUCUCGACAAGACGCGCCGCGUCGAGCACUUCUCGGUGAUUUCCCGCUCCGCCGAUGGCCAAGUCCGGAGGGGCGCGCUCUUACGCCAGACGUCGUGGGUCUUGCGGUUCCGAGCCGGCAAACAUCCGCUACUUUGUGCCGAGAACGGCGACGCGUCGGUCGACGGCCGGGACGCCUUCCGCUUCGCCACGGCGGGCAAAGACGCCGCAACCGUCUGCGCGGGGGACCGCAUCGACUUGUUCGCGGACCUCGGCGCCCAAACUCUACGCGUGCGGCACGGGUCCCGGGUCUACGAGGUUUCACUGAGGCGCUUCGGCUUCGACACGGGACGCCUCCGCCCCGUCGUCGAGGUGCGCAACGGACAAAGAAGUGAAGGCGCCGGCGACCCGCUCCGCCAGACCGCCUCGCUCAAAGCUAGAAUCGCGGCGAACCCCUGGGACGGCUGGCGUUUGAGGGUCGAGCCCACCACAUCCAUCCCUCCCGACCUCUUCGCCCCCAAGGAAGUACUCACAUUCUAA